UUAUUGCUCGAUCAGUAGUGCAAAAAUUAACACGGUAGGAGAUAGAAAUGCUGCGAAACGGUAUGAGAUUUGUUGCUACUGGUGUUAACCGGCUGCACGCAGGAGUGCUAGUUACCAGAACGAAAGUUCCUUGGCAAAUCGCCUCCGGCACCAUUAGUUACCAGAGAAAAUGCAGGGACUAUUCGUCCAGCAGCGAUUCCAACCCGCAUAAGUUUGAUAAGACCGUAAUUGAUCGUACACGUCUAGCUUCCUAUGAAGAGAUCGUCGAUAUUGCGAACCACCCUGAAGUGCUGCUGGUAGACGUACGGGAACCAUCGGAAUUAUCCGCCACUGGUCAGAUCCCUACCAGCAUCAAUAUUCCUUUGAAGCAAGUUUCCACCGAACUCCAGUUGUCCCAGGCAGCCUUCGAAUCGAAGUAUGGUCGCAAAAAGCCUGCCGCGGAUGAUCCCAUAAUAUUUUACUGCCGCAUUGGUGUGCGAUCGGGGAAUGGCGCUCACGAAGCUGAUAAAUUGGGAUUCAAACGAGUGAAGAACUACGUCGGAUCUUGGUUGGAAUAUGCUGAAAAACAAGGUUUACCUAGUUAAAUAUUGUGAAGAAAUAUAGGAACUUUGAAAUAUCCACUAAGAAAUUGUUAGCCUACUAACUAGAAAAAUAAACUGAUUGAUUUGUAUCCAAGCAACGUUUUAAAUUUCAAAAGAUAAAUCUUUUCCGGAAAUCACUCAAGCCGGUAAAUAGAAGGCGCUCCGAGAACUCAUUUCUUGUUUUGUUUACAACGGUGUGCAAGUUUGACAAAAAAUAAACACAAACUUACAGGUGGCG